UAUCUAAAAUGGAGGACUUGGUCAUGUGAUCAGGAGGGCAGUUGGAGUGUUUUCCCACCCUUUCCAACAAUCAGCAGUGGCCCAAGUAGUAAACAAGUUCCAGUUUUAACUGGAUUUUCCUGGGAAUUCUAUGGGGUUUCGCACUAUAGUCUAUAUAAGAGCGGCAGUUACCUCAGUUUGGGGCUGCCCAUCUGAGUGGCAGGUGCAUGCAAGUUUGCUUCCAUAGGUGAUCAAAACUCCGGACAAGUGCCAUCUGCAGCUAUUACUUACCAACCGCAGCAGUUAACAUCCAUCGUUGUCAUUCGCCUGUGAACACCCAGCUGUCAUCUCGUGAGUCUGCUGCUGUGUCAUCUGGAGCCAGUGAAAAGGACAAGUCAUCGAGGGAUCUCCUCAGAGUUCCUCUCUUGAGGCUCUGAACAAGCCAAAGGAUCGAGGUCCUGAGCAACCAUCAGAAGGGUGACAUUAUUUCCUAAGUUACCUUUAGGAUGGGAGCAGGAUCAGUGUCUGCUUGUUGGAAGGGGAAAGCUACCAUGUAGGAAUAUUCAAAAUGAUCCCUUCAGCUGCAGCAACCCCUCCCAGUGAUGUGCUUUUCCCCAGUCUGUCUUGUCAGGAAUUCUGGAGGUCCCAGAUCUCAGGCUUUUCCGGAUCUGUCACUCGCCACAUCAGUCAUCGUGCCAACAACUUUAAAAGACACCCAAAGAGGAGAAAACACAUCCGCCCUUCCCCUCCACCACCCCCAAAUACACCGUGCCCUAUUGAUCUGAUUGACUUUGGGGAUCUCCACCCUCAGAGAUCUUUCCUAGAACUGCUGUUUAAUGGAUGUAUUCUCUUUGGGAUUGAGUUCAGCUAUGCCAUGGAAACAGCCUAUGUGACUCCUGUGUUGCUUCAGAUGGGGCUGCCGGAUCAGUUGUAUGGAAUGGUGUGGUUUAUCAGCCCAGUACUAGGAUUCCUGCUGCAGCCUUUUCUGGGGGCCUGGAGUGACAGAUGCACAUCAAGAUUUGGCAGGAGGCGACCCUUCAUUCUGGUCCUGGCAAUAGGAGCAUUAUUGGGACUCUCACUUAUGCUGAAUGGAAGGGACAUUGGCAGCGCGUUGGCUGACACCGUGAAUAACCAUAAGUGGGGGAUCAUUCUCACAAUCUGUGGGGUUGUCCUAAUGGACUUUAGUGCAGAUUCAGCAGACAAUCCCAGUCAUGCCUAUAUGAUGGAUGUUUGUAGCCCAGUGGAUCAAGACAGGGGGCUUAACAUCCAUGCUUUGUUAGCAGGUCUUGGAGGUGGCUUUGGUUAUGUUGUUGGAGGAAUAAAUUGGGAUAAAAACAGUUUUGGAAGAGCUGUGGGAGGGCAGCUCCGUGUCAUCUAUGUCUUCACAGCAAUAAUAUUGACUAUCACUACUGUCUUGACUCUAAUUAGCAUUCCAGAAAGACCACUGCAGUCUUUCAGCAAGAAGAAAAAAGUGAUGAAGAGUCCAAGUCUUCCUCUUCCUCCUUCUCCACCUCUUUUGUUUGAGGAAGGUGUAAAUGAAAACCUCAGUUCUCGUAACUCACAUGAUUUAUAUGCAAGUUUUACAAGUCCAAUUUCCCCUCUCAGUCCACUCACACCUAAAUAUGGCAGUUUUAACAGCAGAGACAACUCCUUGACAGGAAUUAAUGAAUUUGCAUCAUCAUUUGGGACCUCAAAUAUUGACAGCGUGCUCAUAGACUGCUUCACAGGAGGGUAUGAUGGCUAUUUAGCAAUCCCAGCUAGCUUGCCCAGACAGGCAAUCAGUGUCAGCUUUCCCAGGGUGCCAGAGGACUUUUACUGUCAAGAAAAUGGAAUCCUGGACCAAGGGGAGAAUUCUGUAAAUCCAGGGCCAGGUGGAGAUGCACUAAGGGUGGGUUCACUGGAUGCAAUAAAGCCACGAUCAAUAGGGAUUCUGAAAAGGCCUCAGACCUUGGCCAUUCCAGAUGUUGUAACAGGAUAUUGUCCAGAAAGUAGCAGGAGAAGAAACGUAACCUUCAGCCAACAGGUUGCUAAUAUUUUGCUGAAUGGUGUGAAGUAUGAGAGUGAGUUGAAUGGAUCAGGUGAGAUGUCUGAGCAAUCACUUUCCAUGAAACUUCUUUGUUCAACCAUCUGCCACAUGCCCAAGACUCUGCGUAACCUCUGCAUCAACCACUUCCUAGGUUGGCUCUCGUUUGAGGGAAUGUUGCUGUUCUACACAGACUUCAUGGGAGAAGUGGUGUUUCAAGGCAAUCCUAAAGCCCCUCACAACUCUGAUGAAUAUCAAAAAUACAAUGCUGGGGUCACCAUGGGGUGUUGGGGAAUGUGUAUCUAUGCAUUCAGUGCUGCAUUCUAUUCAGCUGCACUAGAAAAGCUGGAAGAAUACUUCAGUAUUCGCACUCUGUAUUUCAUAGCAUACCUUGCUUUUGGACUUGGUACAGGCCUGGCUACACUCUCCAGAAAUAUCUAUGUGGUUUUAUCUUUAUGCAUAACUUAUGGUAUUUUGUUUUCAACACUCUGCACACUCCCUUAUUCUCUGUUGUGUGAUUACUACCAGAGUAAAAAGUUCGCAGGAUCGACUAUCGAUGGUACCAAGAGGGGGAUGGGCGUGGAUAUCUCUCUUCUGAGCUGCCAGUAUUUCCUAGCUCAGCUUCUUGUUUCUAUAGUGAUGGGACCCAUAACUUCCAUGGUGGGCAGCGCUAACGGGGUGAUGUAUUUUGCCAGCCUCGUCUCUUUCAUUGGCUGCUUGUUUUCCUCCCUGUGUGUCAUAUAUGAGAUUCCAGCCAACGAGGAGAUGGCUGAGGAGCAGCAGCCGUUGGUGCUGAGCGCGUGACGGGGCCCCAGCUCCGCAGUGCGGGAUCUCUGGGGCGGCUCGAUCAGCCGGCGGAGAGGGGCUGGCGUCGGCCGGGGAAGAGGCACCAAUCCGUACGAGGCCCGCUGGAUGCUACAAUAAAAGCGAUUCAGAC